AAGGUUUAAAAUUAUUGGGAGCACUAUCAAUUUCAUGACAGUAUACUUAGUAUAUAUAUAUUGAUAUAUAAUUUGAUGUGUGUUAAGUUGUUAUAAACAGAAUACUUGAAAAACUCUUCUUAGUCAAUAAUGGAGAAAUUAUUUGUUGAUAGUUACAUGUGUGUUAUUAGAUGAGAGUUAUAAACAACCACUAUGUUUUUGCUAGUAGGCUUUCAGUAAAUGCUUGUGUUUAGCUCUGAUUUUUAUUAUGUUUUAAAAUAAUGUAGGAGCUAAAGAAAUAGUAAUAGAUAAAAAUUGUAUUUAAUUUUAAAAGGCUCUAUGGUGCUGAAUAUGUAAAAGAAAUUAAAAAAGUCUAUUAUUAGAAAAGAAAUCGUGAUUUAAAGUUUAAGGCGUCAAGGAGUUGACAGAUUUCAACAGUUUGAACACAAUACCUACAUCGUGCAGUGCGUCACCGCCCAUAUGCGAUGUCUUCCGUCCAUAAAAACGAAUGAAUAAUCAUGUAUUGUCAAGACAAGAGCUCAGUGGCCUCUAAGAGUAAGGAGGGCACGGUCACUAUGCGAGAUAAAAAGGGUGGUGCUCUUAGUAGGGUACAAAAAUUGAAAAAGAGACUAAGUCAUAGUUUUGGAAGAUUAUCUAUAUCAAAGGAAGAAGCUGAUGAUGUGACAAAUCGAAGUCAGUUACCUUUUAAUGGAUAUUCUGAGGAGUUUUUAGAUCGUUUGGAACCAAAUGGGAAUAUUCCUUCUGAUAAGGAUCAUAGAUAUGAAUGGACUGGUGUUGGUGAUCAUGACAGAGUACAUAGACAACUAUCUGUGUCGAGUGAUUCGAAAUUAUUAGAUGAUGAUAUACGCGAGGAGGCCAAGGUUAUUUUGCGACCGCGACGACCCCCGCGUCCAAAGUCUGAAGUAUUUCUUGGUCCUGAUCCUCCACUAAGAAGAACAAAAAGAUUCUCCGCAUUUGGGGGAGAUUCGCCAUUUGGGAAAUCAGAAGCAUACAUCAAAUUAGAACAACUUGGUGAGGGAUCAUACGCCACCGUAUUCAAGGGUUUCAGUCACCUCACAAAUCAAGUUGUUGCCCUUAAGGAAAUUAGAUUACAAGAAGAAGAAGGUGCUCCAUUUACUGCCAUUAGAGAGGCGAGUCUUCUAAAAGAGUUAAAACAUAAUAAUAUCGUUACACUACAUGAUAUAAUACAUACACGAGAAACGCUUACAUUUGUCUUUGAGUAUGUUCACACUGAUUUGUCGCAGUAUAUGGAAAGGUAUGGAAGUGGAGGUGGAUUGGAUCCACGAAAUGUCAAGCUAUUUCUAUUUCAACUUUUGCGAGGUUUAGCUUAUUGCCAUCGUAGGCGAGUACUGCAUCGCGAUGUCAAGCCUCAAAAUUUGUUAAUUAGUGAAAUAGGUGAACUUAAAUUGGCAGAUUUUGGAUUAGCAAGAGCAAAAUCUGUCCCUUCGCAUACAUAUUCACACGAAGUAGUUACAUUAUGGUACAGACCACCAGACGUUCUCUUAGGAUCUACUGAAUAUUCUACUUCACUUGAUAUGUGGGGUGUGGGUUGCAUAUUUGUAGAAAUGUUGACUGGCAUUCCAACAUUUCCUGGCGUACGCUGCCCAUAUGAUCAAUUAGAUAAAAUAUUCAAAAUUUUAGGAACUCCAACCGAAGAUACAUGGCCAGGAGUAACACAUUUAAAGGGUUAUAAACCAAACAGAUUGGUCUUCUAUCCAAUACGAAAAUUAGGUCUUUCCUUUCCUAGACUGUAUGAUGUCAUUGAAGGUGAUAACAUGGCAUCAUUAUUACUUCAAUUAAACCCAGAUCAACGAAUUGGCGCUGAAGAUGCACUGCGUCAUCCUUAUUUCGACUGUCUUCCUAGAAAACUAUAUGAAUUGCCAGACGAAAUAUCGAUAUUUAGUGUUGAAGGAUGCCAUCUAUAUACAGAAUCACGACAAUCAUAUUCUGACCCACGUCACACAUCUCUCAAAACUUGAGGUUUCAAAUGCAUUUGUAAGAAAUAAAUUAUCUGCUCAGUGACAAAAAUUUUUCAUUUGUAACAGAUGAAAAACAGUUGUAAAACAAAGACUUAUUACAACUACUGCGCCUUGACUUAGCAACACUUUUUAAACAAUUAUAAAAAAUUUGUUAUUUCAAUAUUAUAAAAUGAAAUUUAUUUAAGUCACACUUUUAACGUAAAACUUUAAAGGAAUUAUGAUUUUAUUUAUAAACGAAACUUAGAGUAAAUUUUUAAAAUUGCGUUCAUUUCAUCCAAAUAUUAGUUUUAGAUACAUAAGAAUCAAAAGUAUAUAUAUAUAUAUAAAUGUAUUUAUAUAUAUAUAUAUAUAUAUAUAUAUAUAUAUACAAUUACAUAUAGUAAACCGUACUCUAGUUUUUAGAGAGACUCGUCAAUAUAUUAUAAACUUCAAGGCAAUUGUUAGCAAAAUACAUUUCGCUUUUAGAGUUUUAAAAAAUUUUUUUUUACGAAAUAUUAGAACAAUAUUUAUUGAAAAUUUGUAAUGUUUUUGAAAAAAAAGUCGAAAUCUAUGAUAAUUUUUGAAUAUACAUAUUUUCUUCAUUUGUUAACAGUGCACAUUUCAUAAUGUAUUUAUAAAAUAAUUUACUGUGGAUAAAAGUUUAUGCUCAAGAAUCCCUUUAAAAUGCUCAACGAUGUUGAUAUUCCCUAUUAUAUAUAAAAUAAAAGAUGCAAUCUUUUUCCAAAAGAAAGAACAAAAAAAAACAUUAUGAAAGAAGUAAUUUUUUUAGUUUUUUUUGCUUA